CUCCUCAUACUCUUGCACCCACCCUCCUUCUAGUCUUCCCAGACCCCUCCUCCUAGUCUUCCUCCUUUUUGUUUGUUUGUUUGUUUUUAAUUUUUCCCCCUCCCCCCUCCCCAUUUGGUUCUCACCCUGGCUGCGAGCAAAGUGUCUUCAUGAGCGCAGAGGAUGUCCGGAAAGCACUACAAGGGGCCUGAAGUCAGUUGUUGCAUCAAAUAUUUCAUCUUCGGCUUCAAUGUCAUUUUCUGGUUCCUUGGCAUAGCAUUUCUUGGGAUUGGAUUGUGGGCAUGGAAUGAAAAGGGAGUGCUGUCCAAUAUCUCCUCCAUCACUGACCUGGGAGGUUUUGAUCCUGUUUGGCUCUUCCUGGUGGUAGGAGGAGUUAUGUUCAUUUUGGGAUUUGCAGGAUGCAUUGGAGCUUUACGCGAAAACACGUUUCUUCUCAAAUUUUUCUCUGUAUUUCUUGGAAUUAUUUUCUUCUUGGAGCUCACUGCUGGUGUUCUAGCAUUUGUUUUCAAAGACUGGAUAAAGGACCAGCUGUAUUUCUUUAUCAACAACAACAUCAGAGCAUACCGAGAUGACAUUGAUUUACAAAACCUCAUAGACUUCACACAGGAAUAUUGGCAGUGCUGUGGGGCUUUUGGAGCCGAUGACUGGAACCUUAAUAUUUACUUCAAUUGUACAGAUUCCAAUGCGAGUCGAGAGCGCUGUGGUGUGCCAUUCUCUUGCUGUACUAAAGACCCUGCUGAAGAUGUUAUUAAUACUCAGUGUGGCUACGAUGCAAGGCAAAAGCCAGAAGUUGAUCAGCAGAUUGUUAUCUACACUAAAGGCUGUGUCCCUCAGUUUGAGAAAUGGUUGCAGGACAACCUUACCAUAGUUGCUGGUAUAUUCAUUGGGAUAGCAUUACUGCAGAUAUUUGGGAUAUGCUUAGCCCAGAAUUUGGUUAGUGACAUUGAGGCUGUCAGAGCCAGCUGGUAAAACUGCUGAAGUAACCACAAGACACUGGACAACUGAAACGCUCUGAAACCUCCAGUGUGUCAUUCCGACACCAAGCUGUAUGGACAUGGGUGACAGGGAAACCUUCUCUCCCAAGUAGUCUCAACCCUAAGUUCCUGAUAUUGCAGUGAACUUGUGGUUUUUUGGGGUGGGGGAGAGAAGAGUGGGCUAUUGAAAAUCUGCUGCUCACUGACUUUUUUUUUUUUUCUUCUAAACCACCACUUUGAAAGCUGUUGAGCCGUGAAUCUCUACUGUAUUCUUGAUUUUGAGUAACAAGUGGACACUUUUUAAAAUUGGUGUAUUCAGUGAGACAGAGGUGCAUUGUUGUAGUCUGUGAAUAUGCUGUUUAUUCUUCAUGUCAUGAGCUGUUUGAUAGCUGCCAAAUAUUCCUGAGAUGGUCUAUCUCCUCACCACUCUGUAGAGGAACAAUCUUCUUGUUUUCACAGCUAAACAUAGCUACACGCCUAAACCCAUGAAGCAGGAAGCAACUUUCUAUGCAUCUAUUGUACUGUAAAAGAAACUGUUUUUAAAACAAGGGAAAUUUUUUUUUAUGCAAGCUUCCAAUUAUCUCCCUGUAGUACUUUGAGGUUGGAAUCAGCAGAAGGGAGAAUUGUUUAGUUUUGUCAAGAUCUUUCUUCCUUCUCCUCCCUUGUAUGAAGGGAAAGGAGUUUUAUAUUUAACAAACAAGGGUUGCUGCCAUACCUUUGGAUAUCAGUCUCUUAAGGCGAGGAUGGGAUAUAACUGUAUAAAUGUAUGAAAGCAGUGUGGAUGCUGGGUCCAAGUGAAGAAUAAUAUUCAAAGAAUGAAUUAUAUAUUAACUUUAAAAAAUCAAAACGUAUGUAUCUGAUAUGGCAAAAUCUUUUGUUUCUCUGAAAUUUAGUGUAACCUAAUUUAUUUAGGGAUCUCACUAAUAUUAAUGCUUUGACAUACUCAUGUGAAGCUUGUUUCUUUGGUCUGUUCCUGGUUGGGGCUUUGGUCUUUAUUUCUUUUUCUUUUCUUUAAUUCAUUUUACUUGCAUGAGCUGUGGAAUAAGAAUCUGUGACACUCCAGUGCUUUAAAUAUGUGCAUAUGUUUUAAUACAGUCUAAUCCAAACUUA